GUUUGGUUGAACAUGUGCAUCGCGUGUUUAUAAUUCAAGUUAUUUAUUUUAGAUAUGUUUCCUACACAGUAAAAACAGAAAACUCAUAAUGUCCGGAUACUUGGAAAUAAAGUAUCCGUUCAAAUCUAACUUGGGCUUAAAUCCGUUCAAGUCGUGGAAAAGACAAUGGUGUAUUUUGAGACCGAGUCCGACGUGUUCGGGGGCUUCUCUGGCGGUGUACUGCAGCGAGGCAGGUGCUUCAGCAGGCUCGGUGGAGUUACCUUUGGGUAGUGUUGUAAAGAGAGCCAAAUCUCGCACGCGGCCACAUGCCUUUGCUGUGUUCUCUGUGAACGAACCUCGAAAGCCUCGCAUUUUGCUCGCCGCACAAUCACUACAUGAGACACAAGUGUGGAUGGAAAAGAUCCGAACUUUGUUGAAUGGGAGCAAAAUAUUAGACAACGAGCCAUUGCUUAAAGACUCAUACUCAGUGAGCGUGGUCGCCACUGAGCUGUCCCGUAAGUGCGGACUCAGCACUGACACGGUGGUGACCCUAACGUCGGCCGGCGUGCUAGUGGCGCGCACGCAACUUGCCACCUUCCUAGAUUGGAAACACAUCAAGGAUGUGCGCCUCAGCGAUGAUGAUAAGAACAGAACUUGUGUUCUCACUGUCGAUAGUGAGUUCAGUAACGGCGGUGGUGAGUUGAAGCUGCGGUCCCCACUGGCCGGAGCCCUAGCUCGUGCGGUGCGGGCCGCGCUGCCCCCCGGGCCGGCCGAGACCAGCGCACCCCGCGCCAAUCGCUCCCCUCACAAGCUUAGCAAGAGCGACGGAGAUCUACGAACCCAUACUUACUCUGACACACAUAUGGGCGAUGUCCGCCGCAGUAGUUGGUACAGUGGACCUUCAGAAGUAUCCCUUGACGACAUAGACCUCGUAAUGUCUAAGGAGUCGAAGCACAUCCCCGCAGGUCAACUGUCGCGUUACAGCGGUGACGGACAGCUCGCGUCCGCGACUGCGCUCGCGCAGCCUUUCAACAUACACUCUGUCGCCUCCUUCGACGAUAGUAUGUCGGACCGUCGGUCGCUCCUGUCGGUGGCGUCGGGCAUCUACGAGGAGAUCCCCGACCUGCCCGAGGGCACCGACACCAACGCGCUCUGCACCAUCACCUGCGACGUACCCGACGGUGUCUUCAAGGCCCUGUGCGCCCCGCUGUCGGAGGAGCCGACGUACGAGUGUGUGGGGGACUGCGUGUACGCCACCAUGCGCAGGCGCAGGCCGCCGCCGCUACCGCCGCGACAUCCCUUCAGUACGUUGAAGCCGGGCGUGGGCUGGGCGCGACUGGGCACAAGGCGGGGCGCGGGGGGCGCGGCCGGGGGCGCGCCGCGUGAGCACAGCGUGACGCGCCACUCGUCGCUGGGCUCCCUGCCUCGUGCCGCCGGGCUGCCUGCACCCAUACCCGCCUCGCACACCAACACGCUGCCCAAGCGACAACCCUUCAGUGUCUUCCGGAAACGCCUCAAAAGCGACUCCCGCGUUACUGGCUCGCAGAAAUCGGAAACAUCGAAAGAGAACAAAGACGUGGAAACCAAAAAGAAGAAGUUCGACUUCACGCCGACGCGGGACAUAUUCAAGAGCUUCAAGGUGAGUCGCAAGAUGAAGAACUUGAAGAUCACGUCGGGGACCCUCGCCAAGGGGGAGACCAAGAGCUGCGAGUUCCUCGACGACACCGAGCACGUCCAGCCCAACCGCUGCUCCAAGUCCGUGGAGUGCCUCGAGAACGACUUCGAGUACGAGGCCGACCUCUCCAUUGAGCUGACGGAAGACAGCAUGGCCGCCCUCACCCUCCCUCAGCAGAUCGUAGACCUCCUCCUCGGCCACGAGCAGAUGAGCAAAGUGCGACUAAAAGACCAAAUCGAGAACGACUACAUGCCAAUGUCGCCCAUCAUCCCGCCCGCGCCCAUGGAGCACCACUACAUAGUCAUGUCGCCAAGGACCAAUAUCGCCUGAACUAGUCGCCCCGCUAACUAUAAGUUACUCUAAGCUGUAAGUAUUGACACGUUGACAGUUUAUGUAUAUGUUUAGUAUGUCUGGAUGAAAAAAUGGUUUGACCAAAGACCAUUCUCGAAGAGAUUGUUUUCGUAUUUGUCGGCUUGUUGCGGUUUUUUGCACAAUUUAUUUAAUAUUAACGGUUUUUUUAAACUUGCUGGAGUAGACGUAAUUGUAUUGUAUUGAUUGGAUCGCUCGAGCAAUGUCCAUAGUCUACUUAAGUAUAUUUAUUGACAGAUUCCAAAAAUAUAUGGGCAUUGUUUGUGCUUUGUCAUUCUCUCUACAAUGUAUCGUUGAUGAUAUUACUCGGACACGCUCACCGCUUGUGGCUCACAUAUCAACGUUGCCCGCGAUAGGCAAGGUAGCAAGUAAUUAUCUAAUAUAAUGAUGGUCGAUAGAUUUAUCGAUAAAAAUUACAAAAUAUCGAAUUGAUUCGGAAGGCGUAUCGAAUCGUUGAAAAGACUAACUGAUGUCUUAUUGAGACAUCUGUGUUCGUAUAGACUGCUUUAUUGAUCUGAAUAGGGAAUUUUUAAAAGACAAAUUGUUACCCUGAAGUUUAUAAUAUUGAUAUAAAAUACCUACAUAACAUCACACGUGACGUAAA